AUGGAUGUAUCUGCCGACGUACUCAAGCUUCUCCUCGGCAUCUUCGUUGGCUUAGUCGGAGUUUAUCUCGGCUUCGUCUUACUUCUGACGAUUCCAACACUACAAGACCACGUCAUCUUCUUGCACCGAGUGACCCGAACUUGGGGUCAAGACAUAAACAUACCCGAGCAAUGGGGCUUUCUGCGCAAUCAAGUUACACCGUUUCAUCUCAAAACCCCAGAUGGCGAGACUCUACAUGCAUGGCACGUCCUACCACUGGAGACAUACCGCCAACACCAAGCCCAGCUUCGUGAAGAGCCAGUUGGACUUUGCGCGAACGUCGAGGACCGAAUCUCAUUUCGCCUUUUAAAGGACCCAACUGCGCAAGUAGUGAUUUACCUUCACGGUGCUGCAGGCACGCUGGGAUCUGGGUGGCGGCCACAAAGUUACAGGGCCAUGAGUGCGACAUCAACCAAUGUGCAUGUCCUUGCCAUUGACUACCGCGGGUUUGGCACCAGUACUGGGUGGCCUUCAGAAGCCGGUCUCCUUACCGAUGCUAUCACUCUAGUCAGAUUCGCAACAGACACUGCAGGAAUAUCACCAGACAGGAUCGUGAUAUUUGCUCAGUCUAUGGGUACCGCGGUAGCAAUAUCGCUCACACAUCACCUGGCCUCACAGCCCACUCCUAUUGUUCUAGCGGGAGUUGUACUAGUCGCACCGUUCGCUGAUGUCGAGUCUCUUACUAGGACGUAUAGAGUUGCUCGCACUCUUCCGCUCCUUUCUCCUCUGGCAGUCUUUCCACCGCUUAUGAGGCUGCUGAAUGGAUUCAUCCUCACCAAGUUUCCUUCCAAGGAGAAGCUUGCCGCACUGAUUCAUCGAUUGGACAGCAUCAAGGUCAACAACAAAAAACACAAUUACGACAUCACGUUGAUACACGCCGAAGACGACUACGAUAUACCAUGGAGUCACUCAGAUAUCUUGUUCUGGCAUGCUGUUAAUGCGACCUCUCAAUCAUCUCCGCUUAUGACCUUCGAAGAACUAGAACAUGUUAAAGCGAAAGAGAAAACGGCUGUGGGUGCUGGUGGUUGGGAAAUGGAAUGGAAAGGGAAGAAUGGGAUCAUCAGAGAACAGAUCGUCAAGCAUGGUUCUCACGAUCGUGUCAUGAGCUAUCCCGUCGUUAGCCUCGUUAUCUCGAGGGCACUUCAUAUGCAGUAG